CGGCGACCAGCUGGCGGCCUGUGUUCUACAGAAACCUUCCUCUUCCUCCCCUGAGUGAGGGUGAGGGGUGCAGCAGUGACCCCCUGGAUGUGGGAAUUAGAGCCAGAGAGCCGGAUCCAGCUGCACAGAGCCAGAAGCGGUUCCCCCGUGCGCUGCUGCUGCUGGGGACCCCGUCCUUUACCGCCUGCCUCACCUCUGUUUCACAGACUCCUGGACCCCCGUCCUUGCUGCCCAGGAGAUGCCGAGGAUGCAGGUUCGAUCCCUGGGUGGGGAAAAUCCCCUGGAGGAGGAGAUGGCAACCCACUCUUGCCUGGAGAAUCCCAUGGACAGAGGAGCCCAGCGGGCUACAGCCCAUGGGGGCGUGAAGAGUCGGACACGGCUGGGCACACACGGCACACGUAUGGAGGUGUCACAGGUGGGAGGAAGCCCGCCGUGGGCCCGUGUCCACAGAUGAAGAUGUUCUGGAGGCGCCGGUCAAUGUACGUGUCUAGGGCCCGAAGAAGCAGGGCCCCGACCCUGGGCACCCUCAGCCCACCUCCCACAGGCCCCACACCGGCCCUCCUCCCCCGGGGUAUACAGCUGGCAGGAGCCGGGAGCUCUGGAGUCUCCUGGAUCCCGUCCCUGCCCCUCCCCUCCCCUCCGGGGCUCCAGGGCCUAUCUGUCUGUCUGUUUCCUUUUCUGAUGGGAGUUCAAAACAACAACAAUAGCAACAACUCUGGGAACGAAGGCCACGCAGAAACAAAGCCAGCAGGCUCCGUCUCGUUGGCCCAGCGGGGCUGCGGGGUGCUGCCAGCCUUGCCUGUUCUGUCCAGCAAGGAGGGCGCAGCCUGGUGGACGGGGAAGGCCGCGGGGGCCAGAGCAGUAGGAGGUGGAGGCCGGCCCCGGUUAGAGUCAAGUCCUCCUUUGAGAGCCUCUGCAGACGUCCCCGGGCCUGGGGGCAGGGAUGGUGUAAUGAUCAUAAAACAACAUUUGCAUAGAGAUUUCGUGUACAAAGCGCUUUCUCAGGGGCGGGAAGCACGCUGGUGGCCCGCGGAAUCCGGGCUGGGAGGCCGCGGCCCCUGGUCGGGCCCGCCCGCCGCGGCCGGCUCGGGAUUGUGCUCCGGGCGAACAAAGCGCUAUUCAUUCAAAGAUUUCCGAUUCCCCCGGAUUUCUUCUCUCUCCCUGCUCUCGGGUGAAGAGCUCGCUCCUGCUUGUCACUCAGGCCGGAGGAGGGGUGUCAGCGGCCCCCGCAGGCGGGGGCCUGAUGGCAGGGAAACCGGGAGGCGGUGGGGCGUGGCCUGA